GAGAUGGAGGAGAUGGAGCUGGAGAGGCUGCAGGCGUCCCUCGAGGACCGGCGCCAGGAGCUCCGGGAGACGAUGAACCGGGCCAAGCGGGCGGCGGACACGGUCACCCCAGAGAUGCAGGCCGACGUGGAGGCCCUGCUCGAGGACUUCGGGAUCCCCUUCGUCCACGCUCCCGCCGAGGCGGAGGCGCAGUGCGCCUUCCUCGCGGAGGCCGGGCUGGUGGACGCCGUGGCGUCCGACGACUCCGACACGCUCGUGUUCGGCGCGCGCGAAGUGAGGCUCUUCUCGGAUGACCACAUGGUGGAGUGCUACACCCGAGCGCGAGUGCACGAGCAGCUCGGGCUGGCGCAGGACGACCUCGUGACGCUGGCGAUGCUUCUGGGCUGCGACUAUACCCUGGGCGUUCAUGGGGUAGGCAUCGUGAACGGCCUCGAGAUCGUCCGCGCGUUCACCGCGGGAGCCGCCGCCGGGCCGGAGGACCGGCUGGAGGGGCUGCGCCGGCUCCGGUCCUGGGCGCAGGACGUGGCCGCCGUGGCCCAGAAGUCCGCGGGCGUCACGCCGCAGGACCGCCGCGCGCUGGCCGAGUUCAAGCGCAGCCACCAGAACUUCCGGACGCAGUGGUCCUUCCCGCAGGACUUCCCCAAUGCCGCGGUGCACGCGGCCUUCGUGCAACCGGCGGUGGACAGCAUCCGCCGCUACACCGACGCCCUGAGGCAGCCGCGCAUCACGGAGUACCUGCAGCCGGCCGCCGGCGCGCAGGCGGCAGUGGUCCGCUCGAGCCGCAUGCGCGAGGCGCUGAGAGGCCUGCGGGGCGAGCCCUCCCCGGAGAGGUCGGCCACGCCGCCGGGGCGCCGCCGCAGGUCGUGGACGAGAAACACGUCCGUGCCCACGGCCUCGCGGCCGGGCCCCCAAUGGGCCGCGACCCCGCGGGACGCAGAUCCCCAUGACGUGACCGCGUCGCUCCAAAAAUCAGGGCGGGAGGGUCUGGGCUGUUUUUUGGCCCCGGGGGGGGCCCUCGCCCGGGCCUCCCCACAGGACGAGGAAAAGCGGCCCCGCGGACAGGGGGCGAUCGGAGCUUUCCUAGGGGCGCCGCCCCGCAGACAUCCGAGCGCUGCCUCCUCGGGCCCCGUGCGGCCACGUCGUGGGGCCGCGCCCCGGGAGCCGGGCCGCGGGGGCGCGGGCGUGCAGACACGCGUUUCAGAUGCAGAGCCCCGAGCCAUCGGGGGUAACUCGGGUCAGGGCUAA